GUAUUUAAUAAACAAAUGGCUUUACCAGUAAUAGUGUGCGCUUGUACUUUCAAAUCCAAAGGAUCAGUGAAAGUUCACCUGAUCCAGAAAGCACUGCUUUUCCCUGCUGAACGCCCAGACUUGCUGCCAACACCUUCCGUGCGGUGCAGCGGUGCCUGGGAGUCUGGGGAACAGCGCAAGCAUCCUCAUCGUCACUGCCCGGCUCACGCCGGAGCACCUGUGCACCUCAGCGCUUCGCUCGGGCAUCGUACGAGCCCAGCACAAGCGGGACAGGAAAAUGCAGAGGAAGAUCUCAGCCGCAGGGCGAGGGAGGCCGGGCGGAGCGGUGGCGGCCGGCAGGUGGGAGCGGGCUGCGGCCGCAGCCGAGACCUGGGGAGAAGUUUCUGCGGGGCGGGGGUGCUGCAGCAGCUCUGCCCGCAGAAGCGGCGGGGCCGGAGCCGCCCCCGGCGGCCGCAGCAAGGCACGGAGGGGGAUGUAGUCCGCGGGGCUGCCUACACUUCCCAAGGUGCCGCCGUGCCGAGCCGUGCCGUGCCGUGCCGAGCCGAGCCGCGGCGGGACUGCGGGUGCCGGCACCUGGCGGCGGGGGCGGAGCGGCGCGGCCCCGCUGCGCGGCGGGCGGGUCGGAGCCGCCCGCGGAGCGGGGACGGGCGGCGGCAGCGGCGGCAGCGCCUCCUGCGCGCCAUGAGCACCGGCACAGUUUCACAACCACAGGCUGUACAUAGCCAGUUGGAAAAGCCAUCCAGUACUGCAAUUCUCUGCAAUACCUGUGGAAAACCAUGCAAAGGAGAAGUUUUGAGAGUUCAGAGCAAAUAUUUCCAUAUUAAAUGCUUUGUUUGCAAAGCUUGUGGAUGUGACCUGGCUCAAGGAGGAUUUUUUGUGAGACAGGGAGACUACAUCUGUACUUUGGACUACCAGAGACUCUAUGGCACACGAUGCUUCAGUUGUGAUGAAUUCAUUGAGGGAGAAGUGGUCUCAGCACUGGGCAAAACCUAUCACCCAGACUGUUUUGUGUGUGCUGUUUGCAGGUUGCCUUUCCCUGCGGGUGACCGGGUAACUUUUAAUGGGAAGGAAUGCAUCUGCCAGAAAUGCUCCCUGCCCCCUUCCAGCAGCACUGGCUCCUUCCCUGUACAGAACCUGCGAAAUUGUGGGGGCUGUGGUUCAGAAAUAAAAAAUGGUCAGUCCUUGGUCGCCUUGGACAAGCACUGGCAUUUGGGCUGUUUUAAGUGCAAUACAUGUGGCAAGCUACUGAAUGCAGAGUAUAUCAGCAAGGAUGGGGUUCCCUACUGCGAAACAGACUACCACGCCAAGUUUGGUAUCAGGUGCGACAACUGUGAAAAGUACAUCACAGGAAGAGUGCUCGAGGCAGGAGAAAAGCAUUAUCACCCAACCUGCGCACGAUGUGUCAGGUGCAAUCAGAUGUUUGCAGAAGGAGAAGAAAUGUAUCUUCAAGGAACAUCCAUUUGGCAUCCACUUUGUAGACAGGCUGCAAAGGCUGAAGAAAAAAACAAGGAAACUAGGACUUCCUCUGAGAGUAUUAUUUCUGUACCUGCAUCAAGUACAUCAGGUUCCCCAAGCCGUGUGAUCUAUGCAAAGCUUGGAGAUGAAAUUCUUGACUACAGGGACUUGGCUGCUCUUCCUAAAAAUAAAGCCAUCUAUAACAUUGACCGCCCAGAUAUGAUCUCCUAUUCUCCAUAUAUCAGUUACUCUUCAGAUGACAGGCAUAGUUACGGGGAGUCACCUCAGUUGCUCUCUCCAACACCUACUGAGGGUGACCAAGAUGACAGAUCUUUCAAGCAGUACAGGACAUCAAGUCCUAGCUCUGCUGGCUCCCUGGGCUAUGGUCGGUACACCCCCACCUCCCAUUCUCCUCAGCAUUACAGCAGACCAGCUGGUACUCACAGUCUUGGUACCAGUAGCUGCAUCUCCCUGCCCCAACACCCAAGCCUUACAUCUACAUUCAGACAUCAUUACAUCCCUUUCUUCAAAGGCAGUGAAAGUGGUCGGAGCACUCCAAGCUUAUCCAUGUACUCUGACAGCAAAUCUUCACCUUCUGUCUAUCAGCAGGCUCCUAGGCAUUUCCAUAUUCCAGACACUGGCGUAAAAGAUAACAUCUAUAGGAAACCUCCUAUCUACAAACAGCAUGCAGCAAGAAGAUCAGAAGGGGAGGAUGGAAGCUUGGAUCAGGACAGUAAGAAGCUGAAGACCAGCUGGCUGAUCCUGAAAGGGGAUAUGGACACCAGAACCAACUCCCCGGACUCGGAGACGCGCUCGCUGUCCCUCGCUGCCGGGGCGCAGGAGGCCACGGCCGCCCAGUACCCCCGAUUUCCAUAUUCUAAGUCUGCUUCUCUACCUGGCUAUGGAAAGAAUGGCUUACAUCAGCCUGAAAAUAUGGGCCAAUAUGAAACGGACCAGGAUGCAAGCUGGGGGAUGAAAGAAUACAAGGUAAGAAGGGCUUUUCCACCACUGGAAGAACAAUCAGAUUCAGCACUUCCUAGCAAGAUUUAUCCUUAUGAAACACUUAUUGUAACAAACCGAGUUCGUGUGAAAUUGCCAAAGGAUGUGGACAGGACCAGGCUGGAGAGGCAUUUAUCCCCUGAAGAGUUCCAGGAAGUCUUCAAAAUGAGUAUUGAGGAAUUUGAUCGUCUGGCACUUUGGAAGCGGAAUGACCUGAAGAAAAAGGCCCUGCUUUUCUAAACCCUCCCGGAUAAAAUAUGUGCUUAAUCAAAACAAAAAUAGUCUUGCCAGAACUAUCACAUGCACUUGCUGUUGAACCAUUGUCCAGCUUCAUUGUGUUAGUAUGUGUCGGGGAAACAAGACAGAUUAGAUGGUAAUGUGUUGGGAUACCGAGAAUUUGCUAAUCUUGCAUUUCCAGCUGGUUUUGUCAGUAACUCCUGGUCCUACCCAGUUUACAAUGUGCAAAAAAUCUAGCUUUAAAUUUAUUGUUGCUUGCAUUUGUUGCUUGAUGCAAAUGGAAAUUCUGAAAGGAAGAGAAAAAAGUGUAGCUGUACACAGGAAAUGCAUCCAACAUUUUGUUCCAUUCAGUUUUAUAAUGCAAUUUUUACUAAAUCAAGUAAGUAAUUUUCCAGCGGGGGAUCAGAUGCUAUUAAAAUUAUGGUAAAAGCCAAAGAAAAGCAUAUCCGCAAGCAGUUAUUGCAGUUGUUUAUCUGUGGUACUUUUUAAGAAUGAAAGCAGAAAUAUGGAAGCACCUUAAUUCUACUUCUUAUAUUUAAACACAGUGUACUCUUUAAAAGAUCAUAUUUGUCUAGAAGGUAACUAGCUAUCUUUAAUUACAACACCAGAGUUUUUAUUUUAUUAAGAAUAUAUUGUGACAUAAAACAAUUAUAAUUACUAAAAUGUAUACAGACCUACUAAGAUUUAGUUCCAUUCAUCAGGAAAACUGAAGCCUUAUACAAAACUGGUUGAAGAGUGUAUUGUGCCAGUUGACUGUGUUUUCCUACUAGCUUGGGGUGUUUGAAGAAUGUUUUUUUUACAUUUCAUGCUGAUAAAAUACCAUGUAAUCUUAAUUACUAUGUAGAUAGAUAUAUCUAUCUAUAAAAGAAUUAUUUUCAUUAAUAUAUGUCCUGAGUGAAGGCAUUCUUACUUUCUCAACUUUCCAGCUUUAUACAGUAAGCCCUGAGAACUGUGAUGGCAUUUGGUGGAUGUGGAAAUGGAACAGUUCAGCAUAAAAUGUAACAAAAAAAGCUUGGUGUGCUCUAUCAAUAAUACAGACAAUUAGAAUCAAAUCCAUGAAACCCUCAUGCAUUACUAUUUGCAUGUUUCUGUACAAGUCAAUUUGAAAAAAACCAAACUAUGUGAUACUGGUGCAGUACCUUGAAACUAUCUUAAAUAACAAGCAAAGCUAACAAAAUCUAAGCAUUUGAUAUAAGUGUUAGACCUUAAUAUCUCUUCCAGCUGAAAGACUGUAUUAAAUUUAAUAGUUUCAUUUGGUCAGAGGUAUGGUUGCUGACAAAGAAUGUUUUAAAGUGAGUUGUUAGUUUUUUGUGAUACUAAAUGAGCAUUACAAAAAGUACAUUUUUCAGCCAUGUGUCAGUAUUCUGCAUUUUUACUGCCUUGGAUGUUUGUACUCACCUCCUACUUCACUAUGUCUUUUUGCAUUUCCUUAAGGUAACUGGUUAAUAUAUGCACUACAACACACUAUUUCAACUGACCCAGCAUUGGAAAAAUCAUAGCAUUGAACAUGCCUUCUUCCAACUAACUUUCAAAGUCCAUGCUGUUGGAAAUAAAUAUUUUCUCAUUACCUAAAUGUUUUGUCUGAUGAUAAAAAUGUUUAAAAAAAUUCAUUAAAACAAAGACAUAACUGAA